AAAACUAUACAUAGAAUCGAUCAGAGUGGCGACACCAUAAGCCUCUGGAAUAUUAUUACUAGCCGCGAGAGGUCAGGUACCGCCCGGCGAAUAUGGAAUAGUAUCGAGAUUACAUGCGUACCUCGAGCGCCCCUUAAGGAAACAAGUACGGUCGUCCCUGCAUCAGAUAUCUAA